GAUUCUGCUACCCUGGAAUUUAACUCCCUCAGCAGAUUCUUCUAAUUUAAAAAAUUUACGGAAUCUUGAAUGUCAAUAACGAUCAUGACUAUCAGUGAAAAAACUUAUUGGAUUUUUCAUAAAAUGUGAUCAAUGUGAAGAGAAGUGUCUUACCACAUAAUGAUGAAGUUUAUAAGUUUAUUUGUUGUGCUAUUAUGCCCCGUAAUACUGAAUCUUUGAUUGUUUAAAAUUAAUUAAUAAACAAGAGAGCACACGAACUGGAAUUCUGCAUUUCUACAGCGUAGUUUUCAACACAAAGAAGGAGUUACAAAAGCAAGACGCCAGGGCAAGGCUCGCUGUCAAGGGCGCCAACUCGGUCUACCAUGCAUGCCUCUACAUCGUGUUCAUUCGCGAUAUUUCAGAUGGCGGAACUACGAGCAACGCGAUGACGGAAUUUCAACCGUCUUUAUCAGGAUAUCGCGGCCAGGAUGAGGCUUCGAUUCCUUCCAAUAGUGAUGAAAAUAUCUACAGAUACAGCGGAAGUGUUGGUUUCGGCAGUUUUACUCUUGUACAUGAUGGGGGGCGAGAUGCAGAAUCGCCGCCACCUACACCACCAGUUCGGGAUGCAUCAAGCCUCAAGAGUGUCUGCUAUGGCCCGGGUCAUGAGAAAUAUCCAUCCUGGCCGAGUAGCAGAGAGAGUGAAGAGAAAAAUGCCUCCUGCAAUCUAACACUAGGUUCACACAGAUCUAAAUCAUGGACUGAUCAUACCAAUUAUCCAAAAGAAAAACUAGUUCAAUACACAAGACCGUUGACAAAACGUCCGAUCCCAACAUUUACUCAUCAAUUAAAGACCGUGAUGGAGAAGUGUGAAAAAAUACCAGCAGAAUCUUUUGAAUCACGCAAAAGUUUUGCCAACAAUGAACAACAUCGAGCGCUGAGACUGUGGCCACGCGUUGAUCGAGAAGGAAAAUCAUAUGGCGAUUCUGAAUAUGUUGUACCCUCACCACCGGAGCGUGAACAACAUCAACCAUUACAAACACUCAAUCAUGCUGAUUUUGAGGCAUAUAUUCGGAAUUAUCCAGAAUCACAAAUUGAUUGUUAUAGCGGAACAACAUUGACCCAAGAGGGUCUGGAUGACUAUACGAGAGUUGAGCAUGCACAGCAAGCAAGCUACGCACAAUCUGAAGGAUACCACAGCUAUGUAUCAAGCCUUGAUUCAACAACCAAUACACCAUUCUUAGAUCGACUAAGGAGAGAUAGUGAAGCAGUCACACACAGGUCUAACUUAUCUAACUGGGAAGAUAUAUCCCAUGAAGGCAGAGAUAGUGUUGUGACAACAUCAAGUGGGGGCAGUGCAUCAAGUAGCGAAACAUUAAAGUGGCAUGGAUCAUUAUCCGAUGUUAGUAUAUCUUCGGGGCUUCAAGCACGUCGUUUAAAUUCUGAAAAUUGGAAGCAUACAUCAAUAUCUGAUGUGAGCAGUGUCGAUGUCGACGAGAGUAUUCAAAAAUUAACACGUGCCAAUGACUGCAAGUGUCAAUCGAGUAAAACUAAACUCAAUGGAAAAUCAACUAAAGUUAUUGGAAAUACAGAAUGCUUAUCAGGAGUAAUUAGUCAAUGUACUUUUGUCAAUAAUGGCACAUGUCAAAUGCCACUCAUAUCUAAAGAUGAUUAUACCGGAGAUGGAUAUUUCAAUAGAAGUGAGACAAAUUCUUUGCUACAUACAACAAGUGUAUCAAAAUCAAGUGCGAACGAACAUAAAGAAGAUUGGGAUAUAAAUGAGGAUGGUGUGCCUAACGGUGAUCAAAUAAACGUUACUGUAAAUGGCACUAGUAAACAGCUAAUUGCCCACAGUUCAAGAGUUCAAACGCCACAGAGACAUCACUCUGAGAGUAUUUUGUACUUGGACAAGAAACGCAAUCAACGAAAAUUCCAUCCCCUAUCAUCCCUAUCAUCCCCGUUGGCAGUUCAUAAUAAUCAAACAAUAAGAAUUUCUCCUUUAUCUUCUCAACAAACUCAUCUUUCGGUCUCCGAUCGAGUUGAUGAGUUGGAGAAGCAACAGCAACAGCAACAAAUAAGAUAUACUUACUUGGACCCAGAUAAACGCCAUCGAGUAUCAGAUCCAACUCUCAAAGCUAUUCAAAAGAAAGCGCUACUAUCUUUCUACGAAAGGCAUCAUCAAUCCUCUUGGAAAUCUGAGCCUCAACUGAUACCAGGUGGUCAUGUAUCUCAUAGUUCGCCACCUCAGCCAUUAUUUCAAUCAAAACUAAAUUCCCCUAGACGGGCUAGUUCAGCUUCUGACUAUGCUAAUAGUAAUUGGCGUAAUAAAAAUAGCAAUAAUAAUAAUAAUAAUAAUAAUCAGCAGCAGCAGCAUCAGACGAAUAAAAAAACCAUUUCAUCAGAUUCACUCGAUCCAAAACAUAAACAUACUAACAGCUGUGGAAGUCUUUCAAGUGCUUUGGUAGGACCCAUGAUCAUUGGAACAGCUAUUUCCAUUGAUGACUGGGUGCCAGAAAGACCGCCUAAAAAACCACAUUUAAGAUCACUUUAUACUGAUCGAAUACCGAGUCCAGAUCUACCCCCACCUUCUCCACCACCUGUUACUGAAAAUGAAGUAUUCAAUUGUGAUGAUCCCCUGCCUCCUCCACCUACGGAACUGCACGAUGGUAUUCCAGAAUUAUGCAAAACUAAUAUUCAAUGUACAGAUAAUACCCAUGUGGCUAUUAAUGGAAAUAAUAAUUCUAUACGACGAUUGAAAUAUGAGAAAAAAAUGACGAUAAAUACUAAUAACGAUGAGUUCACUCAGGUAUUGUUAAGGCAAUCCGACAAAGGACUUAUUCCAAAUAACCAUCCGACUCACCCAAUUGCAAGUGGAAGAUCAAGUUUCCGCUAUCCAUCAUCAAAAUGUAUGGGCGAAAUAAAUAAUGUCAAAUUAUCAUCAAAAAUUUCUGAUAUGUCCCAGGAGUAUGGUAUUGUAGGAAGAAACUACGAACGCGGUGGGCCUAAAGAAUCAACCAAAUCGUGGGGAUACACUGGGCGCAUUAAUCGUGACACGGCCAGUCUCACGUUGGGUCAAAAACCUCAGCCCCAAGUUUCUAGAAAUCACUCAGUAUCCAUCAGUGGGCAAACUCCAAAACUUAACUAUUCAACACAAUCAGAGUCGGCAAACAAUUAUCAAUAUUCCAAUCCAAAUUCUGUACACAAGUUGCUUGAGAAUAACUCAAAGUCCUCAGAAGAUAAAAUUCUAAAAAAGUACGACGAAUUAUCGCAAUAUUUUUCGUAUUAUCAACAGCCAACUAACUAUCCCUCACCAAUCGAAAGCACUGAUGCACAGAGAAAUUCACAAAUAUCACAUGCACAUUUGAAUUCAUUAUCACCUCCGCCAUUGGCUCCACGACAAAAUAUGCCUGGUGUAAAGUCACUGCCUCCACCGCCCCGUCCAGCACCACCCGUGCAAAUGUUUCACAGAAAACCCUCAAAGACUUCACAUGCAAUACAUAAACAUGAACGAGAUCCAACAGAUAACAAUAAACGUUAUAAAAGCAGUACAAUGGUACAAAAAUGGCCAAUAUACCAAAAACGUGAUAAUGCCUUCACACGCCAAAUUUCGUCACGUCAUCACAACAAUGAUAACUGUAACUCAUCAACAUUUUACCACAGCCAGACACUUGAUCGAACAAUUAAUGAAAAUAAAAGCAUUAAUCACAACGGGAUGAUUACUGAGAGGCUACUAAAUGGGUCAUGCGGAAUUUUUCCAAAAAGUGCAAAUGCGACAUCUGACAAUAAUAACAUUAAUAUGAUCAUGGCUAACCAUGAAUGCCAAAGUCAUUCAGAGCAUUCAUCCAAUGAGCAUGAAAGUACCCCAAAUAAUUAUAAAACUGAGAGAUUGGUAUUAAAUGGCGUUGAACCAUUCAAUGAUGGAAGUAGUCAUUUGGGAGAAGGCGGAAAUCAUUCAGUUGUAACUACAAUAGAAAUUACUGGAGAUCAUCAUCGUGGACAAAAGGUAACCAUUGAGAUGACACCGAAUAAUGCCCAAUGCGAGGAUUCUAAAAAUGCAUAUCUUAAUCACCGGCACUCGGCAGCAGGUUCUGUCAGUGAAAUUGAUGUUGAAAAUAUUAGUGAUGAAAAUAUGAAUACAGCAUCUUCUUCAUUGUUGCCCCAAUCACUUGAAUAUGCAGACUCACAUGAUAAUAAUGAAAAUAGGUCAAUGACAUCAACGAGCUUCUCUUGCCCCGGACCUAAAGAAACGAUUAAUUACAGUAAUCUCGAUUCCGACAAUAAUUUAAAAAAUUCAUCUCAAGUGAACGAUGAUGUUAUUGAAAGCAUACUGCAGCAUGAGAACCCACUCCGUGAUGGCUCUAGUCAAAAAAAAAAUUUAUGGACAAAGUCUGAUGUUUGUCAGGUCGAAAGUGUUUCUGCAAAUGCAUCAAGAAAAACCCCACCGGCUAAAUCUAGGUCUCCAUUAUUAUCAACUAAGUUGAAGAUGUCUGACCUUUCGUACUCACCAGUGUCAUCAUCGUCUUCUCCAAUUGAUAGUAGAUUCUCGCCAUGCGUAUCACCUCAACCUGGAAUUGAAGAAUUGAGGCUUCUUCAGAGGACCGAAGUAGUUCUCAGAAUUAAUGCCACACUUGAUGCUGCUUCACAAACUGAAGUCAUUAAUAUUCACCCAGUUGAACCAAUAGAUGUCAAUAGCGAAAGAAUUAUUCCAGAAAUGAGAAAAAAAUUACCCGAGGAAAUUGAGUGCGAUGAAUUGAGUAAAAAUCUUGCCAAUCAACUGGGACCUCAUGACAAGCUGGUUCCAAUUUUAGUACCAACACCAGACCACAAAAGAUCAUCAGAUUAUGUUUCCGACCUUUUUCGAAUACAAACCACCUUACAUCCUCGUUUCAAAUCAACACAAUCGCACUUGCCGGAAAUUGAUGCUGAAGUAGGAGAAGAACACCUGAAUGGAAGAGCUUCAAUAAAUAAGACAACCGUUCCACUAUCUUCAACAUCAGAAUAUUUCACCAUUUCGGAAUGUAAAGCUAGAUUUCUUGCUAGAUAUUCACACCAAAUUAUGGAUGAAGAACCUGCAAGAAUAGAUGAGCUAUCAAGCAGUUGUGGUAUCAAUAGUUUCGAUCUCAGGCAGAAAAAGGAGGAACUUGUACUCAGGUUAGAUCGCAAAGUCGUCGUAUUACGAGCUGAACAGGAAGCUGUGCGUGAAGAAGACGAGACGAAUGAAGCACUUGGAGCAAAAGUGGCAAUGAGAAUUUCUGCAGUAGCAAGGCCAACUGAAGUCUCUAAAUUCCGAUUACAUAUUGAAGAAGUUGGCAAGAUUACAAGUCUACUGCUGGGUUUGAGUGGCAGAUUAGCAAGGAUGGAAAAUGCAUUGCAUGGAAUGCCCCCUGAUCAUCCUGAAAAGAAAAUUUUGGAAAGUAAACGGGACAAAUUGCUUGAACAACUUGAAGAAGCCAAAACUCUAAAAAUUAAUAUUGACAAACGCAGUUCGAAUGUCUCUGCAAUUUUAGCAAAAUACUUGAAUGAUGAGGAGUUCGCUGAUUAUCAACAUUUCAUCAAUAUGAAGACAAAAUUGAUUAUGGAUAGUCGAGAACUUCAGGAUAAAGUUAAACUAGGUGAAGAACAACUGUCAGCGCUCAAAGAAGCAAUUGAAUAGUUUCAUCAGAUAUGCAAUGAGACAAAUAAAAUCGAACGAGUGCUGUGAUUAUAAUGGAAAACUUGUGAAAAAAUUUACAUUAUUCCUACAAUGAUAACUCAGUAUAAUGUAACCGGGAAAUUACGAGACUAUCAUAUAUUUUGCUAUUGAUUUUUAAAUUUUCAAUUUUAUUACUCAUUAACUGUGGAGUACCAGUGAAACUCCAUAAAACUCUGCAAAUUUUCAAGUUCCUAGUCCUUGUUAAGUGCCCCUUAUUUCAACAAUAAUCCUUACUCCUUCUUCAUCGUUCAUUAAACUAUUAUCAAUCAACUGCUUCCUAAGCUUCGUCUGUAUAAUGAACAUAAUUUUUAUUAAUAUGUUAAUUUAUUUCUAUAAUUGAUGGAUUAUCCAAAUUCUAAUUUAUUGAAUUGAAAGAAAUUUAUGACUUGUAGCUCGGUUGUUUGAAAAAAAUGGGAAUUUACCAUUAUUAUGACUCAAAAAAAAUUGUGCCUAGUGCAAUAUUGUGCAAUACCGUAAAAUUCUGACCGAGUAAUAAUGUAGUUGAAGAUUUGGUUAAUCAAAAAACCCUAUUCUUGGGAUUUUUAUGGAUUUAUAAUGAUACAGCAGAACGCUGUAAUUCCCCUAAGUGAUUGGAUUUAAAGUUUUAGUUUUCCUUUGUUCAUUGCUUUUGCAACUCUUCCUCGUGAUAUUUUCAACAACCAAUAUCUUUCCAUGUCAUAGAUGUGAAUUUAUUAGCCAAAAUUAAUUGUCAUCUAAUAUUCCAGUGAAAUUUCACUGAACGCUUGUGAUCAUAAUUAUUUUUAUUACUAUUAUUACUUUUAAAACAUGGUGAAUAAUUAUUAUAGUUACUUUUCAGUUAUUAUAUAAUAUAUAGUAUUUCAUGAUUUCACGACGAAAAAAUGCGAAAAAAAAUGAACGAAAUUAAAGACUCAAAGGCCUCGUAAUGGUAUUAGUUUUUAAAGUAUAAAAAAUUUCGUGAAAUAAUAGUUAUAUUUUUCUACGAGUUUUUGAUUAUUUUUCAUCAGUCGAAAAAAAAUGAAACAAGUGUGCAGAUUUUGAGAGUAUAAUAGUCAACGUUGCCUUUAUCACUUCUCCGUACUAAUAUUUAAAGUAAUAUCAAUUUAUGCAGCAUCUGUAGAGUAAUCAAUUUGUACAUAAAAAAAAAUCACCGAAAGUUAUAAUAAUAUAAUAUAAAUGAUUAGUUUGGUGCUAUAAAUUAAUGAUGAUUGUAGUAUCAUUUUGUACACCACCAGAAUCCAUGAAGUAGUGGAUCAUAAUGUAAAUAUAUAUAUUUUUGUUAUGAUAGGCA